CUCAACCAAUCGGUGCGGACGUCGCCGCCUCAUUGAGGCAGCCGCGGCGCAUGCGAACUGGGAAUUGUGAAGCGCCGAGAAGGACCGCGUCCCAGGUCUCCCCCCGCGUCUCCGCGAGCGAUGAGCGAGGUGGAUCGUGGCGACGAGGAGCAGCCCGAGGAGGAGCCGGAGCUCGCCCUGAGCUCAUUCCGCGGGGAGCGCAUCACCCUGCCACGGCGCGCUCACAGGCUGGGACGAUGUCGCGCCGUCACGGAGUUCGUGAAGCAGAAUCGCAUCGGAGAGGGAACCUACGGCAUCGUGUACCGGGCGAGGGACACGCGGAGCGGGGAGAUUGUGGCGUUGAAGAAAGUGCGCAUGGACAAAGAAAAAGACGGUCUGCCCAUCAGCAGCAUGCGGGAGAUAAAUCUGCUACUCCGCCUGCAACACCCCAACGUCGUGGAGCUCAAGGAGGUGGUGGUGGGAGCCCGGCUGGAGAGGUGA